AUGCUGAUAGUGUUGCUGAAAUGCAGAUUUUUAUAUGUGAGACUCCAGAGAAGAUUCCUGACAAAGCCAAACAUUACCAUUCCACUCAUUCAACCUUCUGUUCAGCAUUUGCACAUACAAGUUGGAGAUAAGGCUGCACUAACUAAGACGUUUACACAGAUGGAUGUUGUUACCUUUUCUGAGUUAACAGGGGACAUAAACCCAUUGCAUCUGGAUGAAGAAUAUGCAAAGAGAUCAAGAUUUGGGAAAACAGUUGUACAUGGUGUUCUGAUCAACGGACUUAUUUCUGCUGUUUUGGGUACUAAAAUGCCAGGGCAUGGCUGUGUUUUUCUUUCUCAGGAAAUUAGUUUUCCAUCCCCAUUAUAUGUUGGAGAAGAGGUCUUAGCUGCAGCAGAAGUGAAGAAACUGAAGAGAUGUCUUGCUUAUAUUUCAGUGUCUUGUACUGCUGUAGAAAGCAGUAAAACUGUUAUGAAAGGCACUGUUAAAGUCAUGUUGCCAGAUGAUCAGAAGUCUCAUAUCUGAUCCCAUGGUACAAUAUAUUGUUGCAGAGGUCAUGAAUAGCAUUCAUGGCAUACAUUUAAUUACUUUUCAGGACAAAGAUCUAUGCUAGUUGAUAGAAAUGUUCAUUAGUACAUGGAGUACAUCUUGUACUUAUCUAUAUCUGUGUAUUUUAUCUCACUAUUGCAUAACAUUUGUGAAAUAUUAAAUCACCUAGUUAUUUAAGUUAA